CCACCACCACCCCCCCCCCCCAAACCCAUUAUUUGUAGUUUUGGGCUCAAGGUUAGGUGUUUGGGAAUGAAUAUGUCAGCUUCUCAUUGCAGUAGUAGUGGAUGUGAAUCUGGUUGGACGUUGUACUUGGAUCAAUCCUCUCUUUCCAAGAAUCAGUAUCAGGGCUAUGGUGGGUUUGUUGAUGGAAACUAUGCAAAAGUAGAUGAUGAAGAAGAAGAGGAUUUAUCCAUGGUUUCAGAUGCAUCCUCUAGACCUCCACAUUAUUGUCAAGAUGAUGAAGAUUGCUUUGAUCAAUUGGCCAAGAAGAAUAAAAGCAAAAAGAAGAGCAAAGAAUAUGGUCGAAACCAGCAGCAUUCAUAUCUUGAUGAUACUGCAAGUUCUCCUGUGUUGGGCAAGAAAGUAGGCAAGAAUGAAGCUUCAAUGAAUCAUGUCCUGGAAUUUUCACAAGGUUUCUCGGCAACACAUUUCAAGGGGAAAUCUUCACUGAAGAAGCACUUUGGAUUCUUUCAAUCUUCUAUUGCAGAAAAAUCAGCUUCAAAAGAACCAGGUGGUUUCCAAGGAAAAAAUUGGAAAUGACAAAGACCACUGAUUAGCAUCUUUUGUCUCUGCCACUGCAGUUGCUGUGGAGAGAAAUAUGGAAGGGAUAAAAAGAGCAAAAAGGCACUAGAUCUCAAAAGGGUUUUGUUCCUUUCUUUUUAAACUUGUUUUUUUUUUUUUUCUAAAUUCUACUCCUUUUUAUAUGUUCCUGUCAAUGCAGUGGGAAACAACUUGAGAAUUUAAAAAAAAAUAAAUUUAUUUAUGCCUUUAA